AUGGGUGAACGUAAGUCUGAUGGUCAAUGUGAGUCUAAGAGCUGUCGAAUCCAUUAUACUCGAGAAGAAAUCCUGGCAGUUAAAGAAAAUGCGGUUUCUACUGCUGAAUUUUCGGACGAAUUCUCUCGGAUAAAUGCUUCUGUUAUGCGUUCAACUCGCGGAAGGCCUAGACCCAAUUCUUUUUCUAAAACUCAGGGAGGUGAGAAGACUCGAGAUGCUUCCAACAUAGUCCUCGGUCCUCAAAAACGUUCGUGGAACACUGGUUGUCAUGUCUCUCAACAGCCUCAAGGUCGUGAAACGUCAGAUGCAAACAAUUCUACUCGUUGGCCUAAAUUUAACUCAGAAAACCGAUCCUACGACAAGCAGCAUUGUAAAACGACUAGUGACUACAAAAGAGAGUAUCGGUCCAACGAUAUUCGUGGCUCCGGUCGAGGUCGUGAUCGCGGGCUGGGAAAACAUGCUGAAAGUGCUCCGUUUGUUAAAAACCACAGCAGAGAAGACCGUUACAGUCAUGACCGUCGAAUUUCUUGUUCGCACAGCGAUGAUGAACCUGAGUGGUUUGCAGAAGGUCCUACCACGGUUAACGAAACGAUUGAACUUGGAGGAAUCUUAGAAGAAACCGUGGAAUGUGGCUCACUCAGAAAGUGCGUAGAAGUGGGAAAUGAUAUUUCGCAAGUUGAUGAUAGUAUAUUGACAAAUUCGAGCAUUACUAAUAGGAACGUCUUUGAUGACAAAGCGUUGGAAGACGACAGCAAUGCAUUCCCUGAACAACCAAGCAAAUCCACAACGAGUGUCACGGGUCAGGUGAUGUCCGAUAAUCAAGGAAGCCGUUUCAAACACCUGUUUCAGAAGAGUGAGAUAUCAGAUGAAAAUAAGCUUCCGAACAAACCAGCUUCUUUAGACAAUAUCAACGAACAGUUACUUAGGUUGCUGAAAGGUUCGUGUGGAAAUUCUGCCAAUCAUCUCAUUCCUGAAAAGAACAGUGGUAUGGUAUCUACAAAUCCUAAUUCUUUUUCAACUCUUCAAGUUGAAAAUAAGCUUCGCUCUAUUCUACUUGGACAUGGCCCUGUUAAUCACCCGAAUGUUGGGCCGGUCAAAGAAUCAAAACCAGCAGUACUAACUGUUGAAGAAAUUGAAGCUCAGCUUAAAUUACCUCAAGGAGAUUCAACUGAUAUAAAUGAAUCAAUCGAUCCAAUCGUUGAUCCUCUUACUCAUUAUUCGGAUCCUUUCAUAGAUGAUCAAGCCAUUAAAUCUCGUGGCAUACCUAUUGGCUCAUCAAAAAACUGUGGCUUGUUUUCUCAGUCAGGAACGACUUCCAAUCUGGUGCCUAUUUUGCAAUCACUGAUGAUCAGGAAACAGCAAAACUCCGUCUACUCUCAGUCUACAAAUCCGCAGAAUUCACACUCACAUUUUGGACUGGUCUCAAAUUUUAUGGGAGAUGCCACGUCUGCAGGUCCAUGUAUUAGUCGAUUGCAAAACCCAGGUGUCCCCCUUGACGUACCUUGUGAUGUCGAUCUACCUUCGCAUGGUCCCCUUCGUCAAAUUUGGAAUGGCACGAGGGAUGUUGCUUCUCACACAAGCCCACAACUGCACCCCUUAGGUUUGUAUCCUGAUGCAUCUAGAUGUCAAACUAUUAAAACUCCGGACUCAGGAUUACCUGGAAGACCUAUAGUUAAGGCUCAACAAAAUAUUUUCGCUGAUUACAACUCAAAUAAACAGGCACCAAACUCUACUUUCAAUAAUAACCAAAGCCAUUUGUCUGUCAAUCCAUCAGUUCACCAAGACUCUAGCCAUCGUCUGCUUGAUAUGAAUGUGAAGCAGUUCUACCUUGGCAGUAUUGAGCCCUCAAAUCUAAAUAAUUCUCAUGGAUCUUUACCGUGUUCAAAACAAAACUAUGGAAAUUUAUUGCCGUUCCAAAGCUCAAGCCCAUCACUAGCGUCAUCUAUUAAUUGGAAUAAGAAUUCCUCUGCUCAACACCAAACUAAGGUUAAUGAAUCUCUAACUAGUAAUGGAAGUUUGACUUUGUUAUCACAACUAGUUGAAUGGGAAAAAUCAAAACAACCACUUAGAUCUAAUCCAUCCUUUAAUCCAACGAAGGCGAAAACGCUAGAAGAAAUAGAACAAGCAGAGUCUUCAAGAACUAAUAUAUUCUUUUGA